GAAACCCAACAACAACCACAGCCGCAGCCCCAACAUUCGCAACAACAACACCAACAACAGCAGCAGCUUCAACACCAGCAGUCGCGUCAAACUCCUCCACCUCCUCCUAGAAAACCCCUCAAUUUACUUCUUCCUCGGUUAUCCCGCCAAAGGCCUCGACCACUUCCAAGGUCGAUGCUCGUCUUUCACAGACUACCGACCACCGCCAAAAGUCCGAUGGUCGACAUCACAAGCCUGAUGAGCGCCAUCAAAAGCCCGACGAUCGCCACCAGAAACAUGAUGACCGCCACCAAAAACAUGAUGACCGCUAUAAAAAACCUGAUUCUCGAGCUUCUAAUCCCCGAGACACCAAUCUCCCCAAAAGGAAAAGAGCCCGCAAAGGGGAAGAUCGUCGGGGAAAAAUUUGCCCAGGAGGAGCGAGCAGAAGAGGGCCUCGCCCCGAAGAGAGAGUCGAGAUUCGAAAAAGGAAAAAAGGGACGAGUGGCAGGGAGGCCAAUGUUGUUCGAAAGGCAGAGGUACCACACUUUUACGCCCCUGAGGAAAGAUAUGACAGAGGUGCUCGAGGCUAUGGAGCAGAAGAUGCCGAGCGAGGAUGUGACCUGGCCGAAGAGGUUUACAGACCCAAUUCGACCUAGGUCAGAUAUUUACUGUCGUUUUCACCGAGAUUACGGUCAUACCACGGAGAACUGUAGACAUUUGAAGGAUGAGAUCGAGAGGUUGAUUCGAGCUGGAUACCUGAAAGAGUUUGUAUAUCAGGAUAGAGCAGAAGGGAAGGGAAGGAGAAGGUGUCAGGAGGAUUCGGAGGAGAGAAGUGACAGGGACGAGGAAGGAGGCGACGGAGAUGGUCGAGAUGGUCGAGGAAAGAAGCCGAGGAGAGAUGGCGAUAAGGGAGGGCAUGGAGGAGAAGCCCCGAUGAAGAGAGGGACGAUCUACAUGAUUUUCGGAGGGCCAACAGAUGGCGACUCGAAUAGGGCCAGGAAGGAGCAUGCUCGAGCUGUGAAGAGGAAGAGAGAGGAGGUGGGGAUUACGGCUCGCAUGCCGGUAAUAU